CUGCCGUUAACUCGCAGUGCAAGUCCGCUUUGCAAACCUCCCUGAACGUUCGAACGCCCAGACCCCAGAGAAAGCCAACUUCUCUGUAAGCAAAGCCAACGUUCUUGCACCCCUAUCUUUGGACUGGGCCGGAGACCAAAGUCCGUUGUACCCGCGGUCACAGCUCGAUAUUUACUUCACUCUGAAAUUGCAGAACUUUCCACACUAUGGCGUCGACGGUCCCUACUGCGACGCACCAAUCUUACCAGCAAAUGCCCCACGGAGUAUCUUAUGCACCUCAGCAUCAACAAUCCUAUGCCUAUCAUCCAUCUUUAUUGCCGAGUACUCAACCGUCCUCGUCACAACAGCAACAGCAUGACCAAAGAUACGCAUAUGGCCAAGCGUCACAACCCCAGCAGCAACAGCCAAAUACCCAAGCUACCUCUCAGCCCCCGUCGGAGAACCCACCUAGUCAGGAUCCGGCUGCUCCAGUUGUCGGUGAGAAGCGCAAACGAGGCCGGCCGAAGGGAUCGAAGACAAAAAAACCUAAACUCGAUGCAUCCACCACAAACGCAUCCCAGCAGCAGCAGAGCACUCCACAAUCUGGCUCUUCUUCAACUGCGCAACAGACGGCACCUGCCGCCCCGACCUUUUCCGCAUCAUCUGAGCGGCAACCCUCUUCCCGAACCACCGAAUCAGCUUCGAGCCGGCCCACUGUACCAAUGCCGCAAUCAAACGUUAACAUGCAAGAGGUUUUUGAGUUUCAUUGGAAAGCUAUGCACAUGUGCAUGGAUUUUUGCCAAGCUGCGAGCGAUCUUAUUGCUGGAACGCCCGAGGCUGUCCUAUCCUACGCGCUCUCGUCGAAUAAGAAAGUGAAUCCCAUGCAGGCGAUAAACGAGGCAAAAGCGAUAUGCGAUGCCUUUAUCGCGGACCCAUCCAUAUUCAUGGAUGAGGCUGGCACCGGUACACCUGCGUCGUUACCUACGUCUACCCCUAGAGUAAGCCUGGCCACGAUUCCCCCACCACCACCCUGGCAAAAGGGAGGGGCGAAAAGCUCUGCGACUGCUGGACCUACCACUUCUACCGCUAGUGCGCCGACGAAGAAGGCUUCUGCAUCGCAGCGUAGCUCAGACCCAUCUGAGUCGCCAUCUCUUCCACCAGCCUUCCCGAAUGGACAGUACCAAGCCGCAUCAUCCUCAUCACCCGCACAGUCGGAAUCACCCCAGACGCAACAAACUACAACGACGUCAUCACAGCCAUCUGGCUUUCCUGGCCCUCCUGCACCGAUGCAUCCAGGUCAGGCUGUCGCUUUUAACAGCAUGAAGCAAUCCCCAAUGCUUCAUGGUGGCACCUGGACCGCGGAAGACGUUCAGAAGCUUAAGGAUAUCGUUGACCAGUAUAAGGGCGGGGACGUACAAAAAGAAGUUGACUGGGACUGGGUAGUUAAUCAAUUUGGCGUUUCUAAAACAAGGCAUCAAAUUCUUAUCAAAGCAACCCAGAUGGGUCUCAAGCCUUCAGGGACAAAUGGAGCGCGAAGACGAAAAUCAUUACCUGAAGGCUCUGGGCCUGAACAUGCAGAUGUUUCAUCAAAUGGACAAAAUACGAGCACACUGUCCCUGCCUGGCAGCUCUUCCCAUGUGAACGGUCGACCUAUUGCUCCGUCACCACAGUCCUAUACGCAUCCUCAGCAGCCCAAUGGUCCGACAGCAUCACCUCGCCAAGCGCCACCCCCAGCAUAUAAUACUCCUCCUGCUCUGUCUAAGCACAAUAUCCAAGGCACGGUGACGUCCACGAAUUACCGUCAGCAACCUUCGCCUGCCCUGUCACAUCGCGGAUACGCGCCAACCCCUUCCCCCCAAUCCCAAUCUUCUUCGCUGUCAAUAAACCCCUCGAUACAGCCCCAACAACAUCAACAAACGCAGCAGCCCCAGCAAUCAUAUCUCUUUCCCCCUCAACAGCCUGCUACUCACUUCUCCGCCUUUACCAGCUCCCCUGCUACUCGACCCCCUCUACCACCGCCCCAGAUUAAUCCUAACAUAAAUGGCCCAAUGCAACAAUCACAAACAGGUGGUACCCGUUGGGUACCCUACAACCCCCCAACUGCCUCUGGAGCCCCUAAACCACCACAAAGUCACCAUCCAAAAGGGCUUCAGGGAAUGAUGAACAGCGACUUGCCAAUGAGCCAACCAAAUGGGAAGGGGCUGCUACACGGAACAACUUCUGGUUCCGUUUCGAGUAACAGCGGAUCACGACCGGGUUCAAGUGCGGGGCAUGCACCAGGGAAUGCUGGUGGUUAUGGAUCAUAUUCAUGAUGCAUUUACUACGACAUUUCUCCUUCACUCCGUGUCGCCUCAUUCACCCACCUCUAGUUUUUUGCAUUGCGCUUCCGGAUUAUGCUUUCUUGAAUCUUUAUUCCUUUUUUCCGGCUCUGGACUUACUCCUACUACUAACUUUAUUUGUCUGCCAAAAGCUCCCUUGUCACUAUUCCAAGAUGGGCGUCCGUUAUUGGGUUCCGUUCUAGUAUCGAGUACAAAUCGUUGUAGCAAUAUAGAACACCUAGCGUGCCAAAACUCGCACGCUGCUGUUUUUGGG